CCAACAAAAUCAGAUCUCAUUUCAUUAUAAAAACCCUAAAACCCUCACCCUUUUUUCUCUGCUUCUCUUUUAUUCCUUCUCAGUCUGUUGUCAUCGUUCACAACCUAACCCUCUCUCUAUCUCUCUUUCCGUUCUCCGAUCUAAUCAAUCAUGUCGAACUUCAAGAGCAAGUACCAUGAUGAGUUGAUUGCCAAUGCUGCAUACAUUGGCACCCCCGGAAAGGGAAUUCUUGCUGCUGAUGAGUCAACUGGAACAAUUGGCAAGCGUCUAUCCAGCAUCAAUGUCGAAAACGUCGAAACUAACAGGCGGGCUCUCAGGGAGCUCCUCUUCACCACUCCUGGAGCUCUUCAGUAUCUCAGUGGAGUUAUCCUUUUUGAGGAAACCCUCUACCAGAGCACUGCUGCAGGCAAACCUUUUGUUGAGGUCUUGAAGGAAGGUGGUGUGCUUCCAGGUAUCAAGGUUGAUAAGGGUACCGUCGAGCUUGCCGGAACCAAUGGAGAAACCACAACUCAGGGUCUUGAUGGCCUUGGUCAGCGUUGCGCCAAGUACUACGAAGCUGGUGCACGUUUUGCCAAAUGGCGUGCUGUGCUCAAGAUUGGCCCCACCGAGCCAUCCGAACUUGCCAUCCACGAGAAUGCAUAUGGAUUGGCCAGAUAUGCCGCCAUUUGCCAGGAGAAUGGUCUUGUUCCCAUUGUUGAGCCUGAGAUCCUCGUUGAUGGACCCCAUGAUAUCCACAAGUGUGCCGCAGUAACAGAGCGAGUGCUUGCAGCAUGCUACAAGGCACUGAACGACCACCAUGUCUUGCUCGAGGGAACACUCUUGAAACCAAACAUGGUUACCCCCGGAUCUGACUCUGCAAAGGUUGCCCCCGAGGUUGUUGCCGAGCACACUGUGAGAGCUCUUCAGCGAACUGUCCCGUCUGCUGUCCCUGCCGUGGUUUUCCUCUCUGGUGGACAGAGUGAGGAGGAGGCAACCCUCAACCUCAAUGCCAUAAACCAAGUCAAGGGUAAGAAGCCGUGGUCCCUUUCCUUCUCUUUCGGAAGGGCACUUCAACAGAGCACUCUUAAGGCUUGGAGUGGAAAAGAGGAGAAUGUGAAGAAGGCUCAAGAAGCAUUCCUCACAAGGGCAAAGGCCAAUUCUGAAGCAACUCUCGGAACAUACAAGGGUAGUGCAAACCUUGGUGAGGGUGCCUCAGAGAGCCUUCAUGUUAAGGACUACAAGUACUGAGCAAGGUUUCUGUGCGUUACUAUUUACAUCCCUGGAGGAUAGGAAUUGGGGUAUUUGGGGGUACAAGUCAAGUUUUCUGUUGAGGGUUUUGAGCGAGUGUUUUUAUGGUUGGACUUGUGACAAAAAAAAAUAAUUGCCUUUGAGCUUUUUCGCUAUUUUGGUUUUGCAAGUGUUCCUAUGCUCAUUUCAGUGUAUGUAAAACUGUACUGAGACUGAGAAUUUGGUUUUCAAGACACUUAUGUGUGCCCUUAUGAAUUUUAUUUUUCCAACUGAA